AUGCGCAGGAUAACCUCGUUCAAGCCGCAGUGCAGGCAGGCGGCGACGCGCUCAGCGACGCCUCCGCCGCCGUCCUACGAGCCUCUGUCGCCCGCGCUGCAGCCGACGGCGUCCCGCGCCGCGGCUCUCCCUCCUCCGCAACCACUCCCGCACUACGCCUGGACGCCGGGCUCGCCCAUCGAGGCCCUCGCAGACGCUGCCGCUACCUCACAGCGCACCAGCCCCGCCUACGUCGAGCACGCGCGCCGCGCCUCAUACGCCGCCACCUCGCCCACCACCCUCCCCCAUCUGGUUGGCGAACGCGCCCCGAAGCACGCCUAUCCCAGAGACCCAGCACACACAUACGACGAGCGGCCGGCCAAGAGGGCAUGCUCGGAGUUCUACAGUGCCCCCUCUCCCACGUACGCGCAGCAGCACUCUCGGCCGGCCACGAGUCACAACCCGGGCUGGUCCUACAACGUCGAGCACAUGGUAGACACGGGUAUGCGCAUGCAUCGGGACAGUAGAGCAGGCGCGCCAAAGCAGGAGCACAACCCAGACAAGCGGCUCUCGGACGCGCAAUUGCUGCUCGACUUCUUCCAGGUGUCCGCCCAUACCGCACAGACGCCGCCCUCGACAGCAAAGCGGCUGAGCAUAUCACAGGUCGCGCCCGCCUAUCCCGCACAGUACCCUCCGCAACCCUCUCCGCAACGCUCUCCCCAUCACGCACAGCAUCCACCUGUGCCAGCAAGUCCGCGUGCUGCCCCCUCGCAGCAGCCUGUUCACCAUGCUCAGCACCCACGUCCCUCCUCGGACGUCGCGCACGUUCCAGAACCGCCCUCGCUUCCCGCUGACGUUACGUUGCCUGCGCCGGCCGUCCAGGCACGCACGCUCCCGGAAGACGGCCCCGCCGCGCAGCCUCCACCUCCAACAUCCAGCACCGCCAGCGCCGAAGACGCGAAACCCAAAAAGCACCAGGGCUGGCCCAAGGGCAAGCCGCGGGGGCCGCGCAAUACCCCGUCCAGCAGCAAGCGGAAAAAGGCAACGCCAAAGCCUACAGUUGCCUCUUCGACAAGCACUAAAAGCGCUGCCGAUCAGGUCCAAUCGCCGCUGGGCAAUGGCAGGGCUGCAACCGCAAAUGCGUCUACUUCGUCGUCCUCCCAUGUCACGCCACCGUCGGAUCAGCCGUUGGGAGCCCGCCGUCAUUCUUUCUCGGAUUCUUUUUUAGUGCUGCCGACCACUGAUUUGCCUUCUGAAGCCGUGCGCGCCCAGUCUGUCCCACUCCAGACCUUUCUUAGCACAGCACCACCGACCGCUGGACGCAGCCAGCGUACCAAAGCUCAGCAGGUUGCGGAGCCAGAUCUCAUUUGCGCCUCGUGCCAGUCUUCUGACUCGGAGGUUAAGUUUGGUGAUGGCGAGCAGUGGAUCGGUUGCGAUGGCUGUAAAGAGUGGUACCACUAUGCAUGCGCUGGGUUCAACAGCGAGCGCGAGGUGCGGGAUGUUAACAAGUUCUACUGCGAACCGUGUAGACCCAAGUUUGGUCAAACAACGAAGGUUCGCAAAUCUGUCAGAGCCCACGCUACCGUUGAUUACGCCGGCUUGAACCAGGGCGUCCUGAGGACAUCUGACGACAACCCCGAGCAUCACUACAUCGCCGCGUUCAAAAGUGGAGACAUUGAGUUCACGCCAGAAACGUUUGCGCGCAUGCCGCCUGAGCUGGUCUCGGCCGACUUUCUGGAGAAGAGCAAUGGCUUCCGAGAGCCAAUCCUCAUUCCCGGGGCCCUCAACCCUCGACCUUGGUCGUCAUCCAACGCGACUUCUAGGCCCGCCACGUCCAUGGAACAGCCUCGGCAAACGCACGAUGAGCCAGACUCUCAUUUCGAAUACGAAACGACCGCCGACGACGGACAAGACAAGCUGGACAUGGUCAUACCGCAAGGCUUGACGGUUCGUCGCGUCGCCGAACUCUAUGGACCGAAUGAGACCGUACCUGUCAUCGAUGUCAAGGCGCAAGAAGGCGAGGCCAAGAAGUGGACCAUGUCCAAGUGGGCAGACUACUACGAACAACAAGGCGAGAAGCCCGUACGAAACGUCAUCAGUCUGGAAGUGUCGCGGAGCCGGCUUGGAAAGUUGAUCCGGCGGCCAAAGGUUGUGCGAGACAUGGACUUGCAAGACUCCAUCUGGCCAGAGGACGACAAAUUUGCGCCCCCAGCUGUGCAGUUCUAUUGUCUCAUGUCUGUCGCGGACUGCUUUACAGACUUCCACAUCGACUUUGGCGGUUCGUCUGUCUACUAUCACAUCGUGAAGGGAAGGAAGGUUUUCUUCUUCAUACCGCCAACGAAGCAGAACAUGAAGAAGUAUGAAGACUGGUGCCUUUCACCUAACCAGGGGCACGACUGGCUUGGCAAGCAGGUCAAAGAUUGUUACCGAGUGGACCUGUACCCAGGAGACACGAUGCUGAUCCCCUCUGGCUGGAUUCACGCCGUCUGGACGCCCGAGGACAGUCUGGUCAUCGGCGGCAACUUUCUGACUCGCAUACACUAUGGCAUGCAGCUCCAGGUUCUGGAAGUUGAGAAAAACACCAAGGUGGCCCAGAUGUUCCGUUACCCAUUCUUUCAGAAGAUUAUGUGGUUGACGGUCAUCAAGUACCUCGAGGAGGAUCCAGUGCCCAAGCCAGUGCAAGAGCUCUUGCAGAAGGGCGAACAGUUCAGACGUGACACCCCUAUCUGGUGCGAGCCCGACAAGUUUGGCCACAACUCGCAUCUGGGCUCAGCAAAUUACAACAGGCGGUACUACCCUAAGCAUGAGCUCGAGGGUCUCGUGGAUGUUCUGAGCUACAUCCACAGAACUGUCAUGAUAUCGUUGGAAAAGAUCGAGGUACCACAAAAGACACGCAAUGCGGUCACCAGAUCGAUACCAAAGGGCCACGGUGAUCCGGUUGCCCUAGAGCGCCACUUCGCGAUGUGGAUCGCCUGGAAACGUGGGAACGAGAUCAUUCCAGCUUGGGCUGUCUCCGAUGUUGCACCGCUACCCGGGACAGUAGAAGUCACUGAAAAGAAACCGAGCGUUCCUCCGGUCAAGAAGGUCGAACGAGACCCGCGACCGGAACUCCCGAAAGCGCCGGCGGAGAGACUGCCAGACCCAAUCAGAACAUACGACGUAUCGCCGCCAAACGUUGUCGAUGCCAGUUCUAUGGUCGAGCCUGUCACACCCUCCUCCGCUGCACCUAUGACCGGCUUUCUUCGUCCAAGCGCGAACAAUCCGCAUAUAACUACCCCAAAAACAUCUCAGCUCGGACCAAAGAGGGUCGCGUGCGAUGCUUGCCGAAAGAGAAGGAUCAGGUGCAAACACAAGGACGAGCUUGUAGACUCGUCAAAGCCUGGCAUGCAUACGAUCGACCUCUCUGGGUCUUACGGCAUCUCCGUCAAGCGUCGCCUCAGCGACCACUCCAUCGUCGAAGGUCAUGCCGCAACUGUGGCUGGUCCCGUCAACGGAGGUCCCAUCAUGGCCGAUGUGAAUGGCGACCCUUACGCGCUGAAGUCUGGUCGUGUGAAGGCGUGUGCCGACUGUCGCAAGAGCAAGCGCCGUUGCAUACACGACGAAUACGGCAACGUUGAUCCUAUCAAGGCAAACGAGGUUCCUGUUCCCAGGGGAUCUGCAGCAAAGCGACGACGUGUCAGCGAAGAGGAUUCAGCUGCCAUGUCCAAGAGGAUGAAGCAGGAGUCGUCCAUGGACGAUGGAGGUUUCGGCAAUGGGGAUAUGCAUCACCCGCGUCACUCUCUACCGCACCAGUUCAACGUUGGCGGUUCGCUGCUCCAGGACAUUGCGUAUUCUGCUCAGCAGGCUCUGAACCAGCGACCAGAAGAGGAGCUCAUGCCCAUCGAUCCAGCACUCCAGGGAUACGCUAACGAUGAUUACUCUUCUGCCAGUAUGGCGCCCUCCUAUCCACCAAUGGGCGACAUGAUCAUGUCUUCGAUCGAGCAGCAGCAUGGCAAUCAUGAGCUAAUGGAUGGUGUUCAGUACCCAGACACGAAUGGUCAACAGCAAGGGCCCAGCAUUGAGCCACUCACGCCCGGACCACCAGCCUAUCACGAACAUGCGCACCACGAGAAUGGGCAUCACCAAAUGAACGGUUACGUGCCCUACCCCCCGGCUCAGCAUGAUGCAGUCCCUCCGCUUUCCUCUCCCGUCUCGCCAAGACAUGCGCGGGCUAUGUCACCAACCUCACCCACCACUCACAACCACAACAUGUUCACCACUGGAUCCGACUUCAUUCCUCCAGUCACGCCCACCGCUCCCCACCGCGCUGCACCCUCUUCGAGCCACAAGUCUGGCCAGCGCCAUAGCCGCACGCCAAAGUCAACUCCGGGCGGCGGCCGCCGCCGCGACAGCAAAGACAGCAUCAAGCUCGAGCAGGGCCUGACCAUGGCAAUGACGCUCGGCAUGGGCAUCAACCUGGACUUCAUCGACCCCAACCUCGACCAAGCCAGUCGUGACCUCAUCAAGCAGCUGCAAGCCGAGGAACAUGGCCUGCGGCGGCGCAGUCGAGGGGAGACGUCGGCAGCUUCACCAUCGCAUCCGCCCGCGCAAGUCACGCCGACACGGGCGCAGGCUGGCGUCUGA